AUGGUGGCUCAAAGGAAAGCCGCGGUCUCCUCUGGUGUUCCUUUGGGAGCCGGGGUAUCCAACGUGUGCUGCACCCAGGCCCUUGCAGCAUCGCAUGGGGCUGCCCAGCCUGUGUACCAAGCGUGUCAGGCUUUUAGGGACAAUAAUAGUGGGUUUGGCUUGUUCAGAAUUUUCAUCUAUGACACCAAGGGUCGCUUUGCUGUUCAUCGUAUUACACCUGAGGAGGCCAAGUAUAAGUUAUGCAAAGUGAGAAAGAUCUUUGUGGGGACAAAAGGAAUCCCUCAUCUGGUGACCCAUGAUGCUCGCACCAUCCGCUACCCUGAUCCCCUCAUCAAGGUGAAUGACACCAUUCAGAUUGAUUUGGAGACUGGAAAGAUUACUGAUUUCAUCAAAUUUGACACUGGUAACCUGUGCAUGGUGACUGGAGGUGCUAACCUGGGAAGAAUUGGUGUGAUCACUAGCCAGGAGAGACAUCCUGGUUCUUUUGAUGUAGUUCAUGUGAAAGAUGCCAACGGCAAUAGCUUUGCCACCCGGCUCUCCAACAUUUUCGUUAUUGGCAAAGGCAACAAACCAUGGAUCUCUCUUCCUCGUGAAAAGGGUAUCCGCCUUACCAUUGCUGAGGAGAGAGACAAGAGACUGGCAGCCAAACAGAGCAGUGGAUAAAAUGAUCUCUUAAGUGACGUGACUGGGAAAGUCUUUUUA